UCUAUCGGCCAAACCCGAUAUAUGAUAUAACUUGUUAUCUCAGCAGAUUCAAAGUUCGCCGAUAUAAUUUCUUGCAAGUCAUUAUUGGAAUUUAUUUCGUCACAACAAGUACAAAGUACGGGAUAUCUUCAGAUUCGCUGGCAUCGUUGUUGCAGAAGAACUCCGGCGAGCUUUGUGGAUAGUUGGAGUUAUCACGAACGUCGUUUAUUUUUAUAAAAAAAAAAUUGAAUCCUGAAAAUGUUAAAGGGUACUGUGGCUUUGGUGACUGGUGGUGCCUCUGGACUAGGCCGUGGCACUGUAGAAAGAUUUGUCAAACAAGGGGCAAAGGUAAUUGUUGCAGAUUUACCUUCUUCGAAAGGUAAAACUGUGGCUGAUGAGUUGGGAGAAACCAAUGCAGUAUUUGCACCUAUGGAUGUAACUUCAGAAUCUGAUGUUCAGGCUGCUCUUGAUCUUACAAAACAAAAAUUUGGUAAGCUUGAUGUUCUUGUCAACGCCGCUGGCAUUGCCAUAGCCUUCAAAACAUAUAAUAGUAAUAAAAAACUUCCUCACAAAUUGGAGGACUUUUCUAAAAUCAUUCACGUCAAUACUAUUGGCACUUUCAAUGCUAUUCGUCUUUCUGCUGGUUUGAUGAUUGAAAACACACCUAAUCAAGAUGGUCAAAGAGGUGUAAUUGUCAACACUGCAAGUGUUGCAGCUUUUGAUGGUCAAAUGGGACAAGCUGCUUAUUCUGCCUCAAAAGGAGCAGUUGUAGGAAUGACUUUACCGAUUGCUCGCGAUCUUUCCAAGGAUGGAAUUCGUGUCGUAACAAUUGCUCCAGGACUUUUCGAUACUCCACUAUUAAGAGAAUUGCCGGACAAGGUGCGCACUUUCUUGGCAAAAAGCAUACCGUUUCCUCAGAGAUUGGGGAAUCCUGAUGAGUAUGCCAUGUUGGUGCAACAAAUCGUUGAAAAUCCAUUAUUAAAUGGAGAAACAAUUAGAUUGGAUGGUGCUUUGCGAAUGCAAGCUUAAAGAGCUAUCAAUUGUUAUCAAAAUAUUUUUGAGACUUAUAUGGUUUUUCGCAUGUAUAUGCAAACAAUAAAACUUUUCUACAAAUUUGAA